AGCGCGCGGCGGGACGGGCGGGGGCGGUAUAGCCCGGCAGCCGGCGAGGCUUCCGUCUCGCUCUCUCGCUCGCUCGCGCAGCGGCGGCAGCAGAGGUCGCGCACAGAUGCGGGUUAGACUGGCGGGGGGGAGGAGGCGGAGGAGGGAAGGAAGCUGCAUGCAUGAGACCCACAGACUCUUGCAAGCUGGAUGCCCUCUGUGGAUGAAAGAUGUAUCAUGGAAUGAACCCGAGCAAUGGAGAUGGAUUUCUAGAGCAGCAGCUGCAGCAACAGCAGCCUCAGUCCCCCCAGAGACUCUUGGCCGUGAUCCUGUGGUUUCAACUGGCGCUGUGCUUUGGCCCAGCACAGCUCACGGGUGAAAACCAAGGCGUUGCUUGGAGCUUGGUGAGGAGCCAGACUAGCAUAGAACAAGAGAGCCAUGGAGGAAUGGCCACUGGUAGCACUCUGCAGUGCAGAGGCCGUGUGGGGUUGGAUGACGUUGACGUGUGUGGUGACCCAGGCGUUCCAGAGAAUGGCUUCAGGACCCCCAGUGGAGGAGUCUUCUUUGAAAAUGCUGUAGCCCGAUUUCACUGCCAAGACGGAUUCAGGCUGAAGGGCUCUACAAAGAGACUGUGUAUGAGAUAUUUUAAUGGGACCCUAGGCUGGGUCCCAAGCGACAAAACCGUCUGCAUACAAGAAGACUGCCGCAUCCCCCAGAUAGAAGAUGCUGAGAUUCAUAACAAGACAUAUAGACACGGAGAAAAGUUAAUCAUCACCUGUCAUGAGGGAUUCAAGAUCCGGUACCCUGACCUAUACAACAUGGUUUCGUUAUGUCGUGAUGAUGGGACAUGGGAUAACUUGCCCAUCUGUCAAGGCUGCCUGAGACCUCUGGCCUCUUCCAAUGGCUAUGUGAACAUCUCGGAGUUCCAGACAUCCUUCCCCGUGGGUGCUGUGAUCGCCUAUCGCUGCUUCCCUGGAUUCAAACUCGAGGGUUCUGAGUAUCUCGAAUGCUUACACAACCUUAUCUGGACGUCCAGCCCACCCCGGUGCCUUGCUCUGGAAGCCCAAGUUUGUCCGCUACCUCCUAUGGUAAGUCACGGAGAUUUCAUCUGCCACCCGAGGCCUUGUGAGCGCUACAACCACGGCACUGUGGUAGAGUUCUACUGUGACCCCGGCUACAGCCUCACCAGUGACUACAAGUACAUCACCUGCCAGUAUGGAGAGUGGUUUCCUUCCUACCAAGUCUACUGCAUCAAAUCAGAGCAAACGUGGCCCAGCACCCAUGAGACCCUCCUGACCACGUGGAAGAUCGUGGCAUUCACGGCCACCAGCGUGCUGUUGGUGUUACUGCUCGUCAUCCUGGCCAGAAUGUUCCAGACCAAGUUCAAGGCUCAUUUCCCCCCCAGGGGUCCUCCCAGGAGUUCCAGCAGUGACCCUGACUUCGUGGUAGUGGAUGGAGUGCCCGUCAUGCUCCCAACCUAUGAUGAGGCUGUGAAUGGAGGCUCCAGUGCCUUAGGCCCCGGGUACCUGGCCUCUGUGGGCCAGGGCUGUCCUUUACCUGUGGAAGACCAGAGCCCUCCAGCAUACCCCGGCUCCGGGGACACGGACAUAGGCCCUGGGGAGUCAGAAACCUGUGAUAGCACCUCGGGCUCUUCUGAGAUGCUCCAGAGUCUAUAUUCAGCCCCCAUGUGUCAAGGGGGCAACCACCCUGCCCCAGACACCCCCGACACGAUUUCGAGCACAGCAGGGGAGGUGGCAUCCACCAGCCCAGGCAUCGACAUUGCAGAUGAGAUCCCUCUAAUGGAAGACGAUCCCUAGCUGGGUGAAGUCCUGCUAAUGCCACUGUCCCCUUUGAGGGAAAGAGCCUUGAACCUUGGAGUGAGACCACAGGAGGACGGAGCUUGGAGGAAACCGGGGCAUUUUCUAACCUGUCUACACGGGGACAGUGACCACACCACACAUCUCCAGCAGGAUUGCGGGGCUGCGCCCCAACGGUGGCAGUGCUUCCCAGUGUUGUGACCCGCAGGGAACAAAGGGCAGAGGGGACUCUGCAUCACCCCCAUGACAGUGUUGAGUGUCUCUCGCUACGAGACAGUGGCACACACAUCCUGACGAAUCACAUAUCCUGUUGGCUUAUGUUACCAGCUCUCCCCACCCCUCUGAAAGCAUGUCACAUUGUGUAAAUCCGCUUCUAAAAUCUGCUGUGAACUGUCUGGGGACUCUAGAUCUGGACAGGCCUGUCUCUGUAGAAAGCCCAUGUUAACCAGCCAGCCCAAGAGCAGACCCUUCUCUGCCCUCAUUAGUAAGGGACGGGCUCCCAAGGCAAGACUCUCAUGUAAUACUCAGACCAUCUUCUACACCGGGACAACUGUCAAAGCAGGAUGUGACAGUUUGGAUGAGAAAGGGAAGGGGAAAAAAAAGCCAAUUCUGCUUUCUGGAAAUUAACCCAUGCAGAGCCCCCAUGCUCUGUGCUGCCCUCUGGUGACGAGCAUCGGUGUUUGUAUUUGUGGUGUGGCAGAGGAUCCCUGGCCUGAGAUAAACCUGUGACUUUACACACAGUGAGGACAUGUUCAGAUGCAUCUUGUGGUGGACAGUGUUUGGUUUGGGUAUUUCAGAAAGUCUCCAUCGCCUUCAUCUGCUCGUCCAUGUGUGGGUCAUUGUGAUGGCAUUGUCCCUGACCCUAAAACUUAACCAUACUUUUCUUUUCCAAAGCAGAAAGUUUCUGUAAAACACAUUCUGCAUCCGAAGAAAGUGUAAGUCGGCUCUUAACCCCCCCCCCCCAGCUCUCUUUGUGCUGCAAAGUCUGGAGGCUGGCCCCCCCAGCCCGAGCCACCCUGCUCUCUUGCUUCCAGGGGGCCUUUGACCCCGCCUGCCCGCCGUCCUGCGUUCCUACUGUGAGGGUCUCAUGGCACCCACUGGGUGUUGUGCCUAAGAAACUGAUUUCUAGAGAAACCCCGGUCCAGAAGCGUCUCUUCAAGUAUAUCUGGUCUGUGACGUCGCUUCCAUUCCUCCUCUGGGUCAGACAAAUGUAAACAAAACGCUCACCCAUAAAAAUCACUGUGCUGGCAGAGCAGCAAGGGCUGGAAGCUUGAUCGAGUCCUGUUUUCUCUCGACACAGACUGAUUAAAAAUUAAAAAGAAAAUGGCA